AUGAGCUCAGACGUGUCUCCUCCGUCAUUUCCUACACUUGACACCGACCCGGAAGCGCACACCGCUGCCAUCCAGAAGCUGACGCCGAAUAGACAUUUGAUACCGUGGAGAAGAUCCCGCAAGCACUCUGAUGCAUCCUCAACAUCACCCAAAGCCGCCACACCAUCUUCACCCUCUUUCCUUUCGAGACCAUUCAAACCCACGCGUGAAGCCUCGGCCUCUACCGCGCCUCAAAUCCAUCUGACAGACGCGUCUGCACUGCACGAUCUACCCAUUGUGGAAGAUGGUGAUAACUUCCGGUGGGCUGUUGUGUAUGAGAAUCAACGGGGAAUGACAUUGUUUUCCAUCCCCAUGUACUCCAAAGUAGCGUUGCUGCCUUCUGAUCCCCCUGCGUUCACGACUCCCGAAGCUGAGGGCAGCAAAAACCACCAACCUGACGUCUCCCUCAGCGACUACCUCCUUCCUGACGGUUCCUGGACCUGGUGCUCCUCGAGAUGGAUGAUCGACAUGCGCAACUCUGAGGACGGCUCUGUCUCGUUUGAGGGAUUUGAGUAUAACUGGGUCUUCCGCCGUCAUCAGUGGAGGCCCGAGGGCGGGUUUGUUCGUCGAAGACGCUGGAUCCGGCUUAUGCGGCGGAAAGACGUAUAUUCCCCCAUCCAUUCGCCCGGGACGUCCAUUCCACCAUCGCCUUCCAGCGCCUUUACAUUCCAGGAUAUAGACCCCAAUAGCGUGUGGGAAGGCAAUGCCAAUGACUGGCUUCGUUGCCAUUCGCUCAUGCGCUCCCUUAACCGAGAUGGUCUGCGACUUGAAGUCUGGGGAGCCUGGCUGGGUGAGGCAGCUCCCGCACGUCAACGUUCAGGUUCAGACGGACAUCUCCUGACGCCGGAAGGUCAAGGCGAGGACGAGUCAGGUUACUGUCGUGCUCCGCUAGAGUAUAUUGAACCAGUGGUCCAGAAGCACUAUCAGGAGCUCUUAAGCCUGUUCGUCUUUCCCGACAGCCGCGCAGUAUGGAUGCGAAUGAUUGUGAAUAAUCUGAAGCACCUUGACGUUGCGCAGGUCGGUCUUGGAUUAGUUGACUACAUCAGUUAUGACAAGGACAUCGCUCUGCUCCCCGAGGAUGUGCCUGCCGUAUCGUCUUCUUCUGCUUCUUUGAAUUAG